UCGUGCGUCAGUUCCCUGUGGGCCACCGUCUCGUGUGCACGUGUACGACUCCGUGUCUACUUACGUCCACUCCCACCUGUGUUAAUACCUGUACGUCAACAACUAUCACCACUACUACAACUACCACUACUGUUGCUACUACCACUACAAUUUGUAUCAGUAUUACAUCUACGCGAUUACUAUUGCUAUUACAACUACUACUACCACCACCACCAUAGCAACUACUAAUACUAGUACCAAUACCGACACUACAACUAUUCCUCUACUACUAUCACCAUUAUCAUCACUACUACACCGACGCUGCUACUAUAACUAACACAAUUACCAUCAAUACCAUUUCUACUAACACUACUACCACCACAAGUCCUACCACCACCACUACCACAAUUAUUAACAGUACUGACACCACUGUACCGUUACUACCACCACUACUACCACUACCACCAAGCAACAUUUCCACCAUCUGCAACCAUAACAACCACAACCACAACCCGGAUAAGAGAUAAUCAAUAAUAACAAAAAUAAUAAAUAAUAAUAAUAAAUAAUAACAAUAAAAGAUAAAAAGGCGCGGGAAAAAACGUAAACAAACGGACCAACGAUAAACAAAACAUGAAGUAAACGUGUUUUUCGUUGUUGUUUUUUAACGAGUGAGGAAUGAAAGACCAAACGAGAAUAAAGAAGCAAUAAAGCAAACGGUAGAAUAAAUUUAUCACCAAGAGGAGGAGAAUAAAGAAGAAAAAGAAAAAAAAAGAUAAUUUAGUUUACAAAAGAUAGAAAUUAUUAAGUUUACUUCAGACACCACGGAGGAACACAAGAGGAGGCGCAACUCUCUGAAGGAACAGAUGUAAUGGUCGUCAGCCCAGCUCCUUCACCACCAUGGCUACCGCUCUCUUCUCCCUCCCUGCCCAACCUCUCCAUGCCCUCCCUACUGCCCCCACGCAUACCCACCAGCCCCAAGAGCCCUCCGAGGAUCACCACCAUGCCCACACGGGGGAGCAUGGGCGCCUUGCCCCGAGGCCGCCCAUGGAGAUACGGGCGUGGGUACGGGCGUCGAUUUGGGUACUCUCACCGGACGAAGGAUUACGCUUAAACCCAGAAGGACUCUGUCCCUCUCCCCUACACCAGCACGUACGGGGGAUAUGUCCAUGGGCAGGAACCUGAGAGCUGCCCGCUGUUUGGACUUCACGGACAAGGACGAUGAUGACGGCCUUUACCAGCCCUCAGACUCUGAUACUGAGGCCACCAAGAAGAAGGGAGAGACGGUAGAUGAGGAGAAUAACAACACAACUAGUGGCAACAACAUCAAAGCAAAACACAGACGAGGCACUGUUAGUGGCAUCAUCGGUGCUCUGGGUGGCAGCACCACCAGUGCCGGGGGCGUCCUCCGCAGGACCUCUGUAUCUGUCAAACGGCCACUAGACAUCGUCCUCCCCUGUCAGGAGAUCCAGUACCUCGACAUCUCCUACCAGAAGGUGGGCAGAGUGAUGCUUCUCAUCCCGCAGGUUCAGUACAGUCCCAUUCCUCGGAAGAAAAUAGCAUACCACCACGUGCCAUACAACCCCAUACCGUAUUGUGAGGUUCCUUACUGCGGCACUGGGGAGCGACCCAUCAAGAGAAAGCCACUCCAAAGGUCACACUCCAUCGCCAUUGCUGACUUGCGAGAACCAGAGGACUGUGAAUGGACGUCGUAUAAGUUAAGGUGAAGUAGUUUGUUCGUGACUGGAGACGGCCUGGGUGACAAGAAUUUCAAGCAGGACCUUCAAGGAAACAUUGGAUGGAGUGGAGAAGACAAGACCGGAUGUUCUCAUUUUCUGCACUGUGUAGGCCUCAACGGGAGGCUAGGAACUGGAGGAUGUUCCACACCGGCUUCAACUUUCAGAGGAGUGGAGGUCGCGUGACCUGGAACAACAGAAAAUAUAAUGUGAGGCGGACAAAAGAGUUCCACACAUGUGGCCGAGCAUGUGUCAUGGACGAAUACAGAGAAGUGUUGUUUAGUGAGGCAGAGUUUGGGUUCAUCCGGACUGUCUUGAGAUGACAGAGUAAGUGUUUGGACUGUGAAGGAGUGUUUGGUGCUUAUAAAAAGAUAUUAGUGAGAAAAAACUAUAACCGAUUUACUAGGAAGUGUGCUUAUUAUUAUUAUCAUCACUACUACGAUGUCUUGUUGCUGAAAUACAAAACAGGAAAUCAUUGAAUUUUUAUUUUUUUUAUAACAUUUGUGCACUUUUUGCAUCAGCAAUGUGAAGUUAUAUAGACAUUUGCACGCUUACCGCUUCUAAUGUGAGUGAACUAAGAGACAUAGACCCGGGUGUUCUGACUUAGUUUUUAUAACAUAUAACAAAUGCGUGAUUCACAGUGCUAUAAGUAGGAUUUAUAUGUGUGACUGUUACCAGUUUUUACAUUGUGUGUACAUGACUGUGUUGUAAAGUUGUAUAAUUUUUCAAAGUAUCUUUUAUAUGUUUCUUAGUGAACUUAUUUUUAUUAUUAUUUACCAUUGUCUCUCUUCCCUCAUCUUAAUUUACCUUUUUUUUUUCUUUUUUUUUUUUAGAUUAUAUAUGUUUCUUGUGUACUGUUUUCACAAUAUAUAAUUUUUCAGCAUGAGAACAACAGUUACUGUUGUCUGAUGGUUAUGUUUUAAACUUUACUGAAAUUUAGAAUCUUUAUCAGAGAAUUUCUAAUACAGUACAGUACUGCCGUGCCCUUCUACACCGACUUUCCCUCUGGCUUCUCACCGAACUUGCAUUACAGUACAGUACCUUCAUAAUAAUUAUCAUGUACUAUUUAUGUAUGACAGGUUUUUAUAUUUUUGUGAUGUGAUUUUUUUUUUAUACCAAAUGACCCGAGAUGAUUUGUUGUGACAAACAUAGAAUGAGAGGAAUGACCCAGAACAUGUUGAGAGCAAGUCCCAGUGUUAUGAUGUGUGAGGUUUGAAAGCUGUGUACUAUUGGAAAAGAACAUGGCCUGGGUUAUGGGUAUUUUGUGGUGAGAAUCAGAAAAUAUGUGACCCUUAAAGUGAUGUAUUACAAAUGAGGCAUUUUUUUUUUUACCAAGAUGGAGGAAACCCGUGGCACAGAACGUCUGUCAUAAAGAGGAUGAUAUAUUAGUUUUAACCAAUGCCUUGUUUAUCCUGGACCAGUGAACCAAAAACUUGAAUCUUCCACCAUCUUGGGUACUUGAACACUCAUGUUUAGAACUUUGAAAUAUCCUCGAGUCAAGUUAUUGGUGUUCAACUGCUCGAAAAACCUAUGGGGAUAUGUGUAUACUGUACUGUACUGUACUGUGCUUGGAUCAGUUUGCCAAGGAGACUUGUGACCUCCAGUUAGUCAGUCAGUCCUGAGAUAAACAAAGCAUUGGCUGAAUAUCUAUGUAACAGUCUAGGCCUUUGUUCUCAAUAUAUUUCAGUACAGAUAUAUUCCACUACCAAAGUCCACACAACCCUUUAUUAUACAGUAUAUAGUUUAUGUAUAUUUUUUUCCGGGACCAUUGAUUUCUCUUCUCCAUUUUUUAUAGACAUGUCCACCUCAGGAAUUUAUGAGUAAGUAACAGCAUUGUUCAAGUGUAACAUUAUUAUUACUGUAUUAUUUUUCUCCCCAAACUUACAUCAUUUCAAAAGGGCGACCGUCAGAGAGGGACGGUGGUCAGGGUGUCGGCACAGAGGCCAGUCGAUGCCACGAGUCAUUCAUCUAGUUGUGUAAUUAUAUGUUGUAUAUGAA